ACGCUUCUAUGCGGCCCGGCAUUCGCCAGUGACCUGUUGAAAUGGAGCUCCCCAAGCGCGAAUGUAUACAGAUUGUUCCGUUUUUUCAGAGAAGGACCGCAGAAACCGCUUCUCUUGAAAGUCGAUUACAGAGAGAACAGGUCACAAGAAUCUGCGUCAUACGGCCGAACAAUGUCUUCUACACACUGCUCGAGAGCGCCAAUCGGAAACUUUACUGCUGUCUGGCAACGAGAGACAAUCCUACCUACGCCGGCAAGCCGAUCUAUAGCUUACGGAAAAGCAUUGUUGAGAUCACAAACUUGUCCCACGAAGGCCACAUCCGAAUAGGUGUACUCUGCAGCGAUGGGACAUUGCAUAUUCUUUUCCUCGAUACUGCCGGGACUCAGCAUUGGGAGAAGCUGAUUUGUGUAGCCACUGAUAUGGAUAUAACUCAGUGCCGGGACAUAGCUUAUUCACGAACCUACAACGCACUCUUCUGGCCCGUCCGACAAGGCCACAACUACAAUGUACAUUUGUAUGAUAUCCAGAGACGACAGAAACGAGUUCUACUCAAAUCCGUGCCUCAGUGCAUACCAGAAGUGAAAAUCGACUCGUUCAUACUUCUCUUCAACAACCACGGGACUCUCUUCGUCAGCUUCCGAGAAAUAUUCCAUCAAGCAUCAAUUAAUCAAAAUAGUCGCGCCGUCGAUGGUCUACGAGGCGCGACCGAAGCCAUAGAAGACAUUCCCUCUGAGGAUAAGAUGGGAAUGUCUGGCGAAUACUGGUCACCGGACAGUACCGACGUCGUCCACGUGUCAACCGAGAAAUUCUCGCCACAGGCCUGUGGCUCUACCCUUCGGGGACAUUGUCUAUCGCACGAUCGUCACGUACUCUACGUGCUCUACGGCAGCACAGUAUACGGACUCAAUGGGAUAGCGUGCACGCCGCUAACGAGAAUCGAAGUUCCGGACGGCAUGUCUUCGAUCAACCUCAUGUUCCUCGGUCGAAUAACUGUUUUGCAAAGUGAAAGGAAAACAGCUGCGUAUUUGAACUCUUCGAAACCCGUGAAACUCAUCGAGAAACCACUAAAAAGUGCUGGUUUCGGCUUUGUUUGGGACCGGAGCGGGUUGUAUCAGAUUCGAAUGUGUAAUCCGUUGGAAAUGGCUGAGGAAACACAGAGCAACGUCAUGGCAUUCAGUCCAGCCUACAAGACUGCCAACAACGUCGGUAGAGCCCUGAAUGGUCAAGAGCUAGCAUGCAGCACGCUCGAUGCUUACACACACCUGGCAUCUCCAAGCGUACUGUGCGUGGCUGCCGCCUACGCCGCAAAUCAGGAGAAUCAAGAACGUUUGAUUCAAGCAACGCAGUCUUGGGCUCAGCCAGAGGACUGGAAAGGAUAUCACAGUCGAGUGUCCGCCUUCAGACGUAUGGAAAACAUGAAAAGGAAACUUCAUAACCCAGGACAGUAUCACUGCGCACUGGAAAAAGACGUACCGUAG